AUGGGCGCUUGGGUUUUUCUUGGUCUGGUGCCGUUCAUUCUGCUGGUGCGAAGCUACUGCAAAUUCGUGACGCCGCACAAGAUCACAGAGAGUCUGGUCGUCCCGCCCGAACUCGAGAAAGAAAUGGUUAAUUUGACGGAGUUCUGUCCUCUCGAAGGGUUUUAUUUGGGUCAAGUGUGGUGGAAUGCUCAAAACACGCACUUCUACAAUGUUUCGCAAGGAAUUCUCUGUCAUUUCGUCGUCCCGCAGUAUAAUAUCCAUGGAAAUGUGCUGAUAGGGUCCUCGAAAGUCCCACCGUAUGAAACAAGCCCGCGCGAAUGUGCCGACAGCAGCUACUCCGUCGAAAUGUACUUCUAUCACGGGAGUUUUGGGUAUUUUUCGUUCUACGAAGAGCAGAUCGGCACAUUUUGUAAUUAUGAUAAAACCGCGUAUAUUGUGGCGAACGGCCUUGGAACUUACGACAUCAACGGACCCGACCUGGCUGAAGACACCGGAAGCACGGAGUAUCGACAGUCAUAUUGGUAUGGCGCAUCCGCCGGUGUUUGGGUCAUGUAUCGUGGUCUAGUGCUUCGUCGAAGCUUCAUUUUGUGCAAGCGAUAUGGUCGAAGAUGUGACCAAAUGGGGGUCGAGCUUCGGCGGAAAGAAGCCGUUGUGUUUGUUCACGAGCAACUCCGUCUCACAACGCAUAAUGCCACAAAACUACACCGAGUUGUGCUGCUGUACCUGCUAAUCGAAGGGCUCAUGGGCGAUUUAUUUCUCUUGGUCGCCAAUAACGGGCUCUUGUCGAAGAUGCAGUACGUCUCGCUCGGCUACAAUUUAUCUGGAAUACUGUUGCUGGGUUUCGAGACAAUUGAAAGUAUGCACUGGCUGCGCGAAAGGACUCGGGUGUUUAUCAAGCGACUUCUGUUUUGCUACGAAUCGUCUCUGCUUGGGGAGAUCCUGGGGGCAGCUCUUCAACAGACAUUCCUCACGCACAUCAACGCGUCAAGAAUGUUCAAGAGCUCCAACAACAUUAACGUGGCCGUCUCGCACUACGUUUGGAGCAUUGUGGGCCACGGUAUCUUCGUCUUUUGUGUCAUCGGAUUCAUCAUGUUGGUGCGUGCACUUUGGGCAAUUGUGUACGUGUGGUGGAAACAUCAAACUAUGGCAAUCUUCUCGGCGUCAUGUUGUGUUGAUACUGCGCUGGGGCGACGCAAUAAAAUGACAAUGUUGGGGGGAUAUCAUUGGGUAGACGACCAGUUGUACUACGGACCUGAGGCGCUUAAAUCGUUCGGGCUUCUAAGGGUGGAGGAGGAGGACGGUGCCGAGCUCAUCGCACUGCGUAAAUUGCACUGGUUCGCGGUACCGAGGCAUGGCAUGUUCGUAAUUGGAGAGGUGUAUGGAGAGUGUGUUAGACCGUGUGCUCUGCGCCCCUGCACUGGUAUUGUCAGUUUCUUCAAUCAGCGCUUAGGAGGUGAAUCUGACGAGGAAACAACGCGACAAGGUAGGCGUCUGGUACGAGUACGCAGCAAGAUUGCUCCUGGCCCAGACACGAUCAAUAUUUUCCCGCCAUCUUAG